AUGGCGAAUAGUUCGGCUCAUACGUCCCAACACUCGCCCUUGAACUCUUCCUUCCCUGUUGUACUACCCACAGACCUUGCUCUCUUCAUGCAGCAAUCUGAGUUCGAGGCCUGGCUCAAGAAAGAUGUCGGCUCGACAGCCAUAGACGAGCGCGAGGACGACAUCACAGUAAUCAAAGAAAUGGCAAGUGUCAUGACUAGUCUUCAACCUGUGAGUACCAUAGGCCUGGAGCGAAAAAGUUCGGUCGAGACUGACAGCCUCCGCUUACAAAAGGCACUAUUCUUGUAUGGCUUGGAGAAACAUACCGCUUGCCAUCGUACAUCUAAGAAUCUUGCUGCAAAGAACAAGACCCUCACCGAGAACGCUGAUGUCACCAACAUCUCUUCGAAGAAUCCGCUCGUCGAUCUAUUCUAUGAUCUUGGUGAGAACACGACGAACAAUAAACUGAAACCACUCCUUGAAAAUGCCUGGUGCGAAGACCCGCUGAUGACGCUCAAGAUGAUCUUCAAUGCCCGAAGCAUACACCUUGGCAAGUCGAACAGAGUGGCAUCAUACAAGGCGUUUGGCUGGCUAGCUGAGACUCAUCCUCUGACCCUCCUUGCCAAUCUGAAAUGGUUUGUGCGACCAGUGAUUGCGAAAAAGGCGCCCAAACCAGACGAUAAGGAAAAGAGCAUGAGCCUGCACCAAGAUCUUGAUAUGGUCGACGCCCAUGAGAUGGACCCCGAGAACGCCAACGAGGUACGCUUUGGUGUCUCCCAUGGUUAUUGGAAGGAUCUUCUCAACCUUGUUGUAUUAGCAGCGAAGGAUCAGCUCAAUCUCGAAGGCGACCCAUCUGCGCUCCUCAAUCAAAAGCCAGAUAAUACCUCAACUGGUAAACGUAAGCGCACCUGGGAUGCUCUCGCCGCAAAGAAAUUGAGGCAAAAGAAGAACAGGGAACAAAACGAGCGAAUUCAACUCAAGCUGAAGCAUGACUCGUUCUAUAGAGCUCUGCACAUUAGUGUUGCGAGACUCUUUGCGGACCAACUGAAACAGGACAAAGCCCUUCUUGACUCGGGCAUCGAUUCAGAUCUCAGCAAGCUUUCACUGGCUGCCAAGUGGGCUCCCUCGGCUGGCGAGUUUCACGACAAGCACACCUUCAUCCUAUCUUCAAUUGCAGAGAUUCUGUUUCCAGACUCCGCUCUCUACUGCCCGGAUGCUACUAACCGCGAACUGUAUCUUCGCCACGUUCGCGAGCUCUACCGCAAGCAAUACGCCUCCCCCCUACGCAAGGCUCUCCACAUCGUCGAGCGGGACAUAGUGGCAGAGACCUUUGAGAACAUCAACUAUGAACGUCUGUCUUCAUUAGCUCUGGAUCGUUACUCCGCCCUCUUCAUGCAGAAGGACCUGGAUCAUUUCAUGGAAUAUGUCAAAAAGGUCUCACAGGGAACUGCAACCAUCUCUGGAGCGACUCUGCUGCCUUCAACUCUGGUCUCGAAAGCCCGCUCGAUAGCAGCACGCAUGUACACUCCUAUCGCUCGUGGCGCCACUGUCAAAACUAUCAAAGAUAGAGUCACAGCAGAAAUGAUGGCAGAGCUUGUCAACGGUCAGUGGGCUACGCUCGUCAAACGUGUGCAGAAUGCGGGCUGCCUCGAGUCCUCUAUUGCUGUCUGCGACGUUAGCGGCAGCAUGAGUCACCCUUCUUUCAAGGACGGUUCCUGUCCGAUGGACUCUGCUAUCGGCCUAUCCCUGCUGAUUGCCGAAGUUACAGCGCCCCCCUUUGGUAACGGCUUCAUAACGUUCACUAGUGUCCCGCGCUACAUGUCCUUUGCUGGCAGUGCAGAUGUUCCAGAAGGGCUCGUAGAGAAGGUACAAUACACAACCUCGGCCGAUUGGGGCAUGAAUACCGACUUCACGGCUGUGUUCGAAGAUGUCAUUCUUCCCAUGGCGGUUGCAAAUAAGCUCAGGGCGGGAGAAAUGGUGAAACAAGUCUUUGUCUUCAGCGACAUGCAAUUUGAUCAAGCGCACGACGACAACGAUCGCUGGACGACAUCGUACGACCGCAUCAAGGCCAAGUACAAAGAAGCUGGCUACGACAUGCCGCGCCUCAUCUUCUGGAAUCUGGCGUCAAGUGCGACGGAGAAGCCGGUUACAGUGGACGAUAGCGAUACGGCGCUUGUAUCUGGAUAUUCACAGGGUAUGCUAAGAGCGUUUCUGGAGAGCGGCGCGUUUGACAGUGUGGAGGAGUAUAUCGAGGAAGAGAUUGGAGGGGAGGAAGGAGAGCAAGGCAUGACAAAAGUGAUGAAUGUGAAGAGCAAAAUGGAGCCAAUGGAUUUGGUGCGGAAGUCUGUGGAAAAUAAGGCGUAUGGGAUGUUGGAGGUUGUUGAUUGA